UCAAAACACUUUUUCUACGUUACAAAAAUAAUCAUAUCUCAACUAAAUUACAAGUACAUGUAGGUCUAUUUUAGGCACACAACAUAAACAUUACAGAGGGAAAGGAUACAAUCUGCCCCUCCCCACUCCUACAUGCCCCCCUCCCAACACACCCACAUUUCUACAUUUAAAAUUGUUAAUAUAUACCAAAAUGCAACAUAUACUACCAUUAUUACUCACAUAAACAUUAUCACAUAUUAUUACAUUUAUUAAAUCAUUGUUAUGUACAAAGUGGACAAUACCCUGAAUACCCAAGCAAUAAACAAAUUACACAAUCACUUUGCUUCACAGGAAAUUACUACUUGUUUUACUAUACAUUAAAGUAUUACAAACAAGACAUUAAUUUUGAAUUCAUUGCUACUUUAGAAGUAAUGGUACUAAAAAAUGUACAAACUACACCUUCACAAUUGAAAUAAACCAACAAACUCCAAUGAAUCAAAAGUGAUUAGAUGACAAACACUUAAACAAAUACAAAGAUAAAAAACACAUGACAUAGAUUUGAAUUCAUAAGAUGAUUAAUAAGUGUAACAUCCUGAGAGUGUAACUUAUAAAUAAGAGACAAAUUCAAAGUAAUUUCAAAGUCUUCUCACACUCCACCCCCACCCCCUUCAUUUCACAUCUUGAAAUCCUGAACAUUUGCCCAACAUUGUAUUUUCUGUCUUCAGAUGUUGUCAUCCAUCAGUGUGAAAUGUCUCACAGAUUUAUCAACGAAGGGGACAAAUUCUUGCACAUGGGAUCACAACCAAAAACAACAUAGUGGAACUGCUUCUCAUAUGGAGAAAAUGAUCGACUGGCAGCAAAGAUUGCCACUGGAAACUUCAUUACGAUUAUCCAGCAUGAUGUCAUCCAGCAGCCGAACAAACACAUUAUAAGGAUAAACCCCCAAACCAAGGUCUUCACAAGUACCCACCUUGACGCAAAUCCCGCAGUUGAAGACACUUUUUUUAAUGCCCCCAACUUCAUCCAUUGCAGAUGCACAUUUGAUGUCGCCAAAUAAGCGUAUCAGUGUUCAAGGACUGGCAACAACAGUCUCACCAGUGAAAGUAGGAGACAAUUGGUCCCGCAAAGAAAUACAGCUGAAAGACCCACGUACUUCACAGUCCAUCAGAUGUAAACUAUGGGGCAAUGCAACAGACCUGCCAGUGAACGAAGGUACAAUGUUCACUAUCAGUAAUCUGGAAGUUGCACAGUACCAUAACGUCACAAGUACCAACAGUACAGCGCAGACAGCAAUUACUGAAAUUGAGAUGCCUGCUGAAAACAGGGAGUAUAUCAUACAAGGCUUUGAUACUGAAAGCAACCCUCCACAGAUCAUUACACAGGAUGACGUCACUCUUAACAUAAACAUCGAACAGCUCGUCCAACUAGCCCCAAGGCACCAAAUAGAUGAACUCCAGGGCGCUCUUCCACUAACCGUUGAGUUAGUUGUGGACCUUGGAACGCUUACUGUUAUUGACAUCAAUCGAGGCGCCAACGAUGAUGAAAUCUAAGAGGAAUAAUGAGAACAGCAUCAACCAAUCAUGAAUCACAAAAAAUAGUUUAAUUGUUGUACAUGUAAUUAUGUAAUUUUCUACUGUUUUAAAAGUUUUCAAACCAAUUUUACUUAAUCACAUCAAUCUUCUUGACUUAAUCACAUCAAUCUUCUUGACUUAAUCACUUUAAUUUUACCCAUACAGUGUACAGGUCAUCACCAUAAACCCUGGGAAUUGUUUUUUGAACAGGUUCCCAUAUCAAAGAUCUAAUUUAAUAGCUUUUAAAUGUAAUUCUCCAUUCCUGUAUGACAGAAAACACAAUAAAGGGUACCACUUUACUUUUUGCAGCAAUUUCUCCAAUGGUUAAAAAAAACAUUUCAGUCACUAAAUCAACCCAAAGCUUUUUUAUGAGAAAAGACAUGCAUACUUAAAUGAAAAUAAUUUGCCAAGAUUCCUCUUACCUUAAAAACAACCACAAUUAAGUAGCUCUCAUAUUUUCAUUACUAAAUAAAACCCCACCUGUUUCAUGUUGAAUUAACUUUCAUAGUAAUUUCUAACCAACUCAAAUUAUUUUCAUUAUAAGCCUGCAUAUGUCUAGCCUUUUGUCAUGGCCUUCGUGGCUAGCUGCAGAGCGACUGGAAGUGGAGACCACACGCGCGAAUGGUGAGUGUAGCGACUGGCGAAGCCACGAGGGCCUUUUCCAACUUGUGUGCGGUUUUCUUGAUGAAUUAUUCACUUCUGAUUGGUUUAGAACUUUGCUACCUCGUCAGGGUAGCAAAACUGGGGAAACAAAGAAAAACAUAAGAAACCGCAAAUCGAGUUUGAAAAGGCCCUUGUGGCUGCGCCACUCGCAUGUCUGGUCUCCGGUUCCAGUCGUUUCGUGGCUAAAAAGCUGCCCAAGCCACGAAGGCCUUGUAAAAAGGCUAACAUAUGUCCAGAGCAUAGCUGUAUAUUAAGAGACUUUCGACAACAAAAGCCAUUUUGUGUCCAAAACUACGCAUGGACUAAUACAAGGUACCAGACCAGUCUGCAUUUACACCUAAAUUAGCUUCCAGAAUAACCACGUAUCGAAGAAAACUGGUCCCUCUUUGUCACAACAUCCUCCAUACACAGCACUGCAUAUAUAUAUUCUUAUGUUCAAAUACUUCUAUGUAGAUUCAGGUACUUCUACACAAACUACAGCCAUUGAAAAAACACUGCUUAUGUAUCAGAACAAAAACGGUACAAUUUCUUCUGUUUUCUGUCAUACAUAUAUAUAAAACACUGACUAAAAUCCAUUAAAAAAAAAAAAGGAUUAAUUUCAUUUACCAAAAAUAAGUAAUGAUCA